GCCCAGCCCAGGCAGGCAGGCAGGCCGCGAGCUUCUCGGGGCAUUUCGUCGUGCCGUCCGCGUUCGCGUUUUCCGCGCGGUUUCGCCCCUCGCGAGGCGUGUCCCGUCCGUGCCAAAAGCCUACCGUGCAUGCGUGCGUGUGUGUGCGUGUGUGUCAGUGUGAGUGAGUGGAGACGAUGCGCGCGCCAUCAUCGCGAUUGGCGCGAGUGACAGCGACAGGUGUCUCUAUCACAAUAAUCGCGCCGUGUGCGCACUGAUCCCAGUUUCCCUCUCUCCCUCCGCCUCGCCGUAUCGGCAGACUGGCGGCGCAGAGCAUUCAUUGUGCAGUGCUUAUGGUCAGAAAAUAAUUAGGGUACAAUGAAGAAAAAUGAGCAUCGGUGGUUAUGUGAACCAGGGGUCUUUGAAUGGCUCCCACCGCUCUCUGGGUCAUACUUACCGCAGGCCUAGACCGCCCUGCGCGGACCAAGUUUUUGUGUCAUCUGCUUCAACUACUUACUUCCCAUGGAAUCCCGCAUACGACUUAACAGCAAACAACUCCUACACAAACACCAAUGGCCACGUGCAAAACAGUCCUGUUCAAUAUGUGCCAGUAUCUCUUCGAACAGUCUUAUACUCAGACAAGAAGGAAGAAUUUCAAGAAAUUUCUUUAUUCUUGGAAAAAGAAGGUGAUGUCAGCACCGACUCAGAUAAUGAAAAUCCAUACGAGUCCCUGUAUGAAAAUCCAGAUGCCAUAGAUGACAUAGAUUCAUUUGACUCAGACUCGGAUGAAGAUCUGCAUCACAAUGUACAUUCUACCAGUACACAGGGUAUUCCUAACACUCACAAUGGUAAACUGCCUGAAAUCCCACCAAGAGAAAAUAUAUACGGUGUGCAUGUUAUGCGGUUUAAGGAGGCUGCUGGGAAAAAAAUGCAGAAGCUCCGUAAAAACUGGUCCCUUCGGAAAAAUGACAUCAGCAAUAAACUCAGCAGAAUGCGAAGAAAGAGUAGUGUGGAUCCUCGAGGCGCUACAAUUUUAUCCGCUCAUCAAACUUCUCCACCUCACUCACCUACCAUGGAAAAAUGCCAGUCGUCCGGACAACUCACUGGUAACAAAUACUGGUCUUUCAAAAGCAAGUUUAAGCGUAGCCAAAGCUCUACAGCUUCUUUAGGAUCUACUUUUUACCUGACUGAAGAAGUGGUAGUAGGAAAUGAAUCAUCAUCCAGCGCCUCACAGAUGGACUCAAAUUCUACAUAUGCUGACUCAGCAUCUCCAGCAAGUCAGCGCAGUGGACCCCCCUUGAGUGCCCCAACCAUACCACUUCCACCCCGGCCCUCUUCAGCUGCUAGUCAACAAAAUGCCACCAAUGAAAGGAGAAACAGUGGUGCUAUGCGACCCCAUUCUCCACCACCUCCACCUCCACCAGUCCCAAAAAGGAAUGGCCCUCAAAAAGACAAGGCAAAAUCUAACUCGUCUUGGUAUGCGGAGUGUGGGCUGUUUGAUUCAUCAAAUUUGGAUUUGCAUAAGAGGUCACCAAAAGAAGAUCCCUUUAACACAUCUUUAUUAUAUGCCGAAGCAGGACUGUGGGAUAAUAUACCAUCAAAUUCAAGUCCCUAUGAUAGCUCCCAAUCUGAACAUGAUAACAGCCACACCACUGACCUCAGUGAUUCUUCAGCUGGACAUGGUUCCCUCAUGUCGCACCCUUUGUUUAGUGAUGAACCACUUUAUCAGUUUUACAAUGCAUCAAUAUUUGAACAAGCCAAACGCCAAGAAGCUGCAGAGGGCGAUUCAGAUGGUUAUGAAGAGAUUGUUGAUGGUAUUGUGAAGUCCAGUCGGCCUUCUGCUAUGGAACUCAUCAGACCAAGAGAAGGCCAACAUAGAACUUUGUGGUGUGAGAUUCCGGAAGUCAGGGACAGUGGCGUUUUAGAUUCUUUAAGUGCACAUGAAAAGAAGCUGCAGGAAGCUAAAUUUGAAUUGAUAACUUCAGAAGCCUCAUAUGUGAAGUCCCUUAAUGUCCUGGAAAAGCAUUUCAUGAACAGUCCUCAAUUUCGUGAUGAAACGGUUCUAUCAAAAGGCGAUCGUCAAAUAUUGUUUUCUCGCGUGAACCCAGUCCGAGCUCGCUCAGAAAAGUUUUUAGCAGAUAUGGAAAGGUGUUGGCAGGACAGCAUUAUGUUACAAGGAAUAUGUGACAUUGUGAAACGUCAUGCAAGUGAAUACUUCAAUGUUUAUACAAAGUAUUGCACAAACCAGAUAUAUUUGGACCGGACUUUGAAAAAGCUUAGAGAGGGAGAUAGUAGGUUUUCUGAGGCAUUAUUGCAUUUAGAAAGUUCACCAGAAUGCCAGUCCUUGUCGUUUCAUUCAUUCCUAAUGUUGCCGAUGCAAAGAAUCUGUCGACUACCAUUAUUAUUGGUAGCAGUCCUAAACCGUCUGGAGCCAGAACAUGAUGAAUAUCAUUCAUGUGAACUUGCACUUGCAUCCCUGAAUAAGGUGGUAGCCGAAUGCAAUGAAGGAGCUCGCAAAAUGGAACGUUAUGAAGAAAUGAUGCUGCUUAGUCGACAAUUAGAAUUUCCUCAAAAUAUUAAACCUGUCCCAAUUAUUUCAAGUGCACGUUGGCUUGUAAGGUCAGGUGCUUUGACCCAGUUGAUCUGGCGGAAUGAUGAUGCCAAGCUCACAUUUGGGCGCAAGGUCAAUAAAAUUAGUGUUCAUCUGUUUCUUUUCACUGACAUUCUUGUUGUGACAAAACGGAAAAGAUCUGUUGAAAGCAAAAGUGACGAGACCUUCUGUGUUGUGGACUACUGUCCCCGAAAUCUUGUUCAGAUGUCAUCCAUGGAGGAUUUGCCACAACCUCAGCAAUUGCAGCUGCAACCACCUUUGAAGGGUGGAGUAGAAGGUCGACAUUUGGUUUUACUGACAAUGUUGCAAAAUCAAGAGAAUAAAACAAUGGAGAUGGUUUUGUCUUGUGGAAGUGAGUCGGACAGAGAGCGUUGGCUUGGAGCUGUUUCCCCUCCAAAGUCUGAAGAUCCAAAUGAACAGCUAUAUGAAAUGUGGGACUGCCCUCAAGUUAGGUCAGAACACCCUUAUACUGCCCAGCAACCAGAUGAGCUAUCCUUGGACGUUGGAGAUGUAGUCAAUGUAUUGAGAAAAACAAAAGAUGGAUGGUAUGAAGGAGAGAGAAUUCGUGACCGGGAAAAAGGAUGGUUUCCUGCCAACUACACCGUGGAGAUAGCCUCAGCUCACAUCAGAGCAAAGAACCUUAAGCAGCGAUACCGGUUACUUGUUUUGUCUGGUAGUUACUUACAGGAAUCACGCUCUAAAAAUAAAUGAAAUUUGUAAUUCAUUUCU